AUGACAAAAUACGCAUUAAUCACCGGCGCUUCAUCAGGAAUCGGGUACAACCUAGCUGUUGAAUUACUGAAACGCGGGUACAAAGUAAUUGGAUGUUCUCCACCACAAGUCAUAUUCGGUCAAAAGCCAUUAGAAGAAGAAUAUGGCAUCAUUUCAAUCCCACUAGAUAUCACUGACGUCAACAAUAUCAAGUCUGUCCACGAACAAGUGAAACGCAUCACCAACAAUCAAUUAUCUAUCUUGUACAAUAAUGCUGGAAUCUCCAUUGCUGGUCCAGCAAUGGAGAUUGACGAGGAUAAAUUAAACAAGAUUUUUCAAGUUAAUGUCAUUGGUCACAUCAAUAUGACGAAAUGGUUUGCUCCCAUGAUUAUAAACACAAGAGGAACCAUUGUAUUUACAUCUUCAGUUGCCGCUAGAGUACCACUUUCUUGGGUCUCUGCAUACAAUGCGACAAAAGCUGCUAUUGAUGCUUAUGCACUAACUUUACACGGGGAAAUGGCACCAUUUGGCGUUAGGGUGCAUUCAGUUAUAACUGGUGGUGUAGAUACUGCUAUAUGUGAUGCCAAUGUGUGUAGUGCGUUAGGAGAUUCAUACUAUGAUGUUCCAGGGAUUUACGAUUCGAUAAAUGCAUCAGCUAUGAUGAGUCGUGAUUUAAAUAUUUCCCCUCAAAAAUACGCUAAACAAGUGGUUAAGGAUUUGAUGAGAUGGAGAGACCCUGGUUUCAAUUUGUAUCAUGGUGCAAGAAGUUAUUUCUUACAUUGGGUUAGUAGAUUUAUACCUUUAUGGUUGGUUGAAUUUGGGGUUCAAUGGCAUUUCAAACAGGUUAAAGUGUUGAAAACAAUUGCUAGAUUGGCUAAAUUGGGAAGAUUCACCAAAAGAGAGCAAUAG